AUGUCAGUCCCAGCAAUAGACACCAGCUCCAAGAUCACCAUCAAAGACUUGAAGGAGAAGAAAGUUGUGGAGGAGGCAGAGAAUGGAAGAGAAGCAGCUGCCAAUGGGAAUGCUAAUGAGGAAAAUGGGGAGCAGGGGGCUGACAAUGAGGUAGAUGUAGAAAAAGAAGAAUAUGGGAAAGAGGAGGAGGAAGAAGGUGAUGGUGAGAAAGAGGAUGAAAAUGAAGAUGAGGAAACGAAGGUUCCUACAAGCAAGCAGGUAUCUGAGGAUGAUGAGGAUGAAGAAAUAUGUUGA